AUGGAGAGUACAAAUCAAUCACAAAUCGCAAAUAUCCCUUCUUCUACUGCUUCAACUAUUAAUAAUAAUAAAAAUAAUAAUAAUAAUAAUAAUAAUAAUAAUAAUAAUAAUAAUAAUAAUAAUAAUAAUAAUAAUAAUAAUAAUAAUAAUAAUAAUAAUAAUAAUAAUAAUAAUAAUAAUAAUAAUAAUAAUAACCAAAGUAAUAGCCAGCAUGAUGACACAAUUAAUAAUACACAAGAAAUUGAAGACGAAUCUCCUUCCCAAUCACCUACAUAUCCCAAUAAUAGUAAUAAUAAUAAUAUUAACUCCACUUCCACCAACAACAACAACAACAACAACCACAAUAAUAAUAUCAAUAGUAAUAGCAUUAAUGAGGCUAAUAACAAAUUAAAUGAAUCCGAUGAUUUAAAUAAUUCAACAUUUGUAAAUAAUCUUUUAACAAGUUUAAAAACUAGAUCCCAAAGUGAUCUAAAGCAAUUUCAACAACAACAACAACAACAACAACAACAACAACAACAACAACAACAACAACAACAAAACAAUAACAAUAUUAAUAGUCAUUCACCAAUAUUAUCAUCACAGCAUUCCUUUUCAAUUCCAAAUCAACCAAUCAUCACUCCAACACAGUCACAAUAUAUAAACAAUAGUAGGAAUAUGCAAUUCGAUAUAAAUGAUGUACAUCCAGAGUAUUUUUAUUCUCAAUUAAAUAGUAUCACUCAAAAUAAUAAUAAUAAUAAUAAUAAUAAUAAUAAUAAUAAUAAUAAUAAUAAUGUUAAUAAUAAUAAUGUUAAUAAUAAUUUAUCAAACCAAAAUAAUGAAUCAGAAAUUAAUAAUACUGCUUCCAGCAGUAAAAAAAGAAGUAGCAGUAGUUUAAAUACUAAUAAUAACAAUAAUAAUACUAAUAAUAGCAAUAAUAAUAAUAAUAAUAAUAAUAAUAAUAAUAAUAAUAAUAAUAAUAAUAAUAAUAAUAAUAAUAAUAAUAAUAAUAAUAAUAAUAAUAAUAAUAAUUUAAGUAAUGAUGAAAAUGAUAUGGACGAUAAAGCAAAAGAUGAAAAAUCAAAAGGUUUAAGAUAUUUAAGUUAUAAAGUUUGCCAAAAGGUUCAAUCUAAAAAGACUACAUCUUAUGUGGAGGUUUCCAAUGAAUUAUUAAGCGAAUAUAUUGAAGAGAAUAGAAGAAAUAUGGGUGCAGGUGUUAGUGAUGCUAGUUUUAAAACAAAUACAGUAAAGAGAAGAAUCUAUGACGUUUUAAAUGUUUUUCAAGCAAUGAAUAUCAUUACUAAAGAUAAACAAAAGAUUAGUUGGGUUGGUUUACCAUCUGGACUACCAUCACAACAACUACAACAAUUAAGAAAUAGUCAAGAAGAUAAUAACAACAAUAAUAGUAACAAUAAUAGCAAUAACACAAAUAAUAAUAAUAAUAAUAAUAAUAAUAAUAAUAAUAAUAAUAAUAAUAAUAAUAAUAAUAAUAAUAAUAAUAAUAAUAAUAAUAAUUCUACAAUUACUCCAACACCAGUUAUACAAACUAAUCAAUCAAUUGCAAAACAAUUGGAGGAUAUAAAAGAAAGAAUUCAAGCAAAGAAAAAACAAUUAAAAGAUUUGAAUCAACAAGAAAAAGAUUACCAAGAAUUACAUUCAAGAAACACUUUAUUAGAACAAAGAAAAGAUCAAUCAUUGAAAAAUAAAAUAUUCUUACCAUUCAUUGUAUUGAGUACUCAAAAUUCAACAGUAAUCGAUUGUGAAGUAGAGAAUGAACGUUCGAAAUACUUUUUCAAUUUCUCUCAAUCUUUUAAUAUCAUUGAUGAUGAUUCAUUGGUCAAAAGUGUUUUGGAGAAUCCACUUUCAAAUAACCCUUCAUUGGGUAACAAUUUACCAACUACAAUCACAAAUAGAUCACUUUCAACUCCUAUAUUACCUUCUCAAGUUUCAAAUGAACCCAAAUCAAAUGGUAGAAAAAAAAGAAAAAAAGAUGAUUAA